GCAGCUACAUGUAGUUGUACUAGUUGACAAGAAUAAUUUUACGCUGUUGUCUGUCAUUUAUCGGCCCACACUUGCAUUUAUGCACGCCUGGUGACAACUUCUAGUGAAGCUUGUUAGUUUAUCAUCACCAGUUUAUAUUCUAGAUGUCAAAACCUAUCACGACCUUUUGUACGUGGAUAGCUGUUCUGAUAGCUCUGGCGAUUGCAUUAAGUGAAUGUAGCCGGAGAUAUAACGCAAGACACUCAAUCAGACGCCGUUUCCGGCAUGGACACGCGCGGGCCUGGAAUCCCGGAACACCAGCUCGGGUUAGGCAUGUUGACCGGGUUGGAGAGGAAAAGGCCACCACACGAAUACCUAACAUUGUCCUUUUCAUUGCCGAUGACCUGGGACAUGCCGAUAUUGGUUACUCGGAAGGCAACCUCCAGACACCAACACCGCACAUUGAUAAAUUAGCAUGGGACGGGAUCAUUCUCAAUCGUCAUUACACCAACCCCUUAUGCUCGCCAUCACGCUCAGCCUUAAUGACCGGCAAAGAUGCUUGGAGAGUUGGAAUGCAGUCCAGUGUGCUUAGUGAAGGUGAACCGUGGGGACUUCCAGUGCAGUUCAAGAUUCAACCGCAGUAUUUUAAAGAUUUGGGAUACAAUACAUUCCUCGUCGGAAAGUGGCAUUUGGGAACAUACUCCCGGGACCAUUUUCCCAAUCAUCGUGGUUUUGAUUAUUCGUUCUGGUUCCAUAGUGGUGAUCUGAACUGGUUUAAUUACACAACUGGAUGGAUUGCGCCGGUGCCAAACAGCGGACGGGCAUUUCGCGAGAACGACAACAUGGUGUUCGCCAAUAUAACGAACAACUUCUACUUCCCGGAAAUGAUGACGGCCAAGGCCGAGCAAAUCAUACACGAUCAGGACCCCAAUCAGCCGUUUUUUUAUCUCUGCUUCGCUACACCCGUUCCACACACCGCAAUUGGUCAGUUCGGACCAGUUUUGCAGGUGAUGCCCAAAUAUCAACUACGUCCACCUGUUCGCUCGUUUACUGACCACUUUCUCGAGCGCAAAAAACACAUCGGGCUUAUUCAAGUCCUGGAUGAACAGCUCAAACGCAUAGUGGAAGCCUUGACGUACACCGGCGCCAUUGACAACACCAUCGUAGUUUUCAUCUGUGAUAACGGUGCGCCGAUUUUGGGGUCCUCUGCCGCACGCGCCAACCGCGGCAGCAACUGGCCGUUGCGUUUGGGCAAGGGUUCGCUGUUUGAGGGAGGAGUGCGGACGUUGUCUUUCAUCUGGUCACCGUUACUUCAGCGUCGUGGUCACAUAACCAAUCAGCUGUUCCACAUCUCUGAUUGGCUGCCGACGCUGUACGAGGCAGCCGGUGGAAAUCUGGCCGACCUCGAUAAGUAUGACAUUACCGGCAUGAGCCAGUGGACAUCGUUGACUCAGGGGCAAAAUUAUGGGCCGAGAAGGGAACUGGUGAACAACAUCGAUUCAAGAGAGGGAUCGUACGCCAUGAUUUACCAGGACCCGUAUGGCGGAUUGUAUAAAAUUUACGGCGGGAACCUUGGCAUGAAUAAUUAUUUCGGAUGGGGAACAACAGAAGGCACUUCUCCCGAGAACCCGAUGAAAGUCUGGACACCCACCUCGGUGAAAUGCAAUUUCCCCGAAGGCACGGAGGUUAGGCAAUGUCGGCCGUAUCUCAGCGACUGUCUAUUCGAUCUGAUUAACGAUCCAUGCGAAACCAACAAUAUCGCCUCAGUGUAUCCGAACCAAUUACAAACGCUAAAACAGAAAAUCAGCGUUUAUAAUCAGUCAGUUUUUCCCUUUCAAAACAAGCCCUUCGACCCCGCCUCCCAUCCUGACCUGCAUCAGGGAUUGUGGACACCCUGGCUGGACCCUAACGAGGUUUACGAUGCUGAACCGCUGACGUAUAGCACCUUUAUACCGACAUCGUUCUUCUAAAAUCUUUAUGACCAAUUUCCGGUUGUUUGAAACUCAUUUCAAAUUCUUACGGCUAGCCAUGGCGUUUUAAAUACUCAUAUAUGCAAUAUUCACACACCUGAUUCCAGA